GCGGAGUCUCGCGAGGCCCUUGCGCCCUGUGAGUAGCGGGCGAGCGGCCCCGUGCCCUUUCUUUCCCUCGCCGGGACCGACGAGGAAGGAGCUCCGCCAGAGCGAGGAGUACAAGAAGCAGCAGCAUCAGGGGACGCGAUGCCUGGAGUCACGGUGAAAGACGUCAACCAGCAGGAGUUCGUCCGCGCCCUGGCUGCCUUCCUGAAGAAGUCAGGCAAGCUGAAAGUCCCAGAAUGGGUGGACACCGUCAAGCUGGCCAAACAUAAAGAGCUGGCUCCAUACGACGAGAACUGGUUCUACACCAGAGCAGCAUCCACAGCUCGCCACCUGUAUCUCCGUGGAGGGGCCGGCGUGGGCUCCAUGACAAAGAUCUAUGGAGGCCGCCAACGUAACGGUGUGAUGCCCAGCCACUUCAGCCGAGGCUCCAAGAGCGUGGCCAGGAGGGUCCUCCAGGCUUUGGAGGGACUCAAGAUGGUCGAGAAAGACCAGGAUGGAGGUCGCAAACUUACUCCUCAGGGACAGAGAGAUCUGGACAGGAUUGCCGGACAGGUGGCAGCUGCAAGCAAGAAGCAUUAAACUUCUUUUCAGUUUAAGAAUAAAGCUGUUUAUUUACUGA